CAUCAUUUUUGCGUGUGUCGUCAUCAAGGAAGCUUCAUCUGACGACUGUUCGCACAGAUGCUGUGCACAAAUAUACAUCUUUUGAAGUGAGGUGUCAGCUCUUUCUUCAAAGAUGGAUUCUCAGAAUUCAAACCUGACCUGCAUCAUAUGCCUGGACCGCUUCAAAGUCCCUGUAACCCUCCCCUGCGGUCACAGCUUCUGUCAGGCCUGCAUCACCAAGUUCUGGGACAGCAAUAUAAAGCCUGAUAUCGGACCUCACUGCCCCAUCUGCAAUCAGCGGUUUCCCACCAGACCCAUCCUCAAGCGUAAUGUGUCCAUGUCGCUCCUGACUGAGGCUACAAACAGCACCGCUCCCUCUCUUAGAGAGUCGCACAUGAGGGGAGGCGAAGGGGCGAGAGCCAUGCUGCUGUGUGAGCGCCAUAAAAAGCCUCUGGUUUAUUACUGCAAGCAGGACAGAAUGUCUGUGUGCUGUGAAUGCGGCAUCUCUGAGUGUGUGAACCACGAGAAGGUCUUGUUGGAAGCAGAGAGGGAAAAUCAAGAGCUGCUAUUGGAAAGGAAGAGUAAGGAGGUGGGGAAACUCAUGGAAGAGACCGAAAAAAGUAUUAAGGACCUGGCUGAGAAUAUCAGUCAAGCCAAGGUGACUCUUCAGCAGACUUCCACCUGGGUCAAGGUCAAGUUCUCCACCCUGAUGAAGAUACUGGCUGAGAAGCAGGAGGUCACAGAGCUCUUUAUUGAGGAGCAGCAAGAAUCCGCCAUCAGUGAGGCGGAGGCACGGCUAGCUGAACUCCAGGAGCGCUCCAGGAUACUCCAAGAGAGCCAGGGGCAGAUAGCAGCCGUGCACAACCUCUCUGAUACAGAUCUCAUCAAGGAAUCAAUGGUCAUAGAAGUUCCACGUUUCAAGGAUAUCCCCACGGAUGUAACCCCAAACCUUCAAGAUCGAUUAAACGGCGUCACAGAUGUCCUGUCCCGAGUCUCCAAGCUGGUGGCCGAGGACCUAGAGAAAGCUGUGAGCACCGCCGUGGGUCAGGAUAAAGACGCUUGUCAUUGGUCUCCAGGAUCUCCUCAGGAUAAGAGGCCGAUCCUCGCCGUGGUUCCCAGUCCAGCUGCUCCAUGCCACCCUGGAGGGAAGGAGGGCCUCAGUGCUUACCGAUGCUCCCUGACCUUCGACCCGCGCACGGCCAACAUGCACCUGUUUCUGUCCCAGGAGAACCGGAGGGCGGAGCACCUGGCCUCUGGGCCACGUCCCGUCCCAUCCCAUGAAGCCCGCUUCGAUCACACCUGGCAGGUGCUCUGCUUUCAGGGCUUCAAACAUGGACAGCACUACUGGGAGCUGGAGGUGUCCAAGCCCUGGGCCUACCUCGGGGUAACCUACGAGACCAUCCCUCGGAAGGAGAAGGGCAAGAAGUGCAUGGUGGGUAUGAACGAUCUGUCCUGGAGCCUGCAGCUGGACGAGCACCAGCUGAGCGCCUGGCACAACGGCCGGAGGGAGACUCUGGCCGGACACUCCCAGCACAGCCGCAUCGGCAUGCUGCUUGACUACGAGGCGGGAACCCUCACCUACUACGGAGACGGGCAGACCAGGCUCCACGCCUUCCACUGUGCCUUCACCCAGGAGCUGUUCCCCGCCUGCUGGAUAGGAGAGGGCGUCAGCAUCACCCUCUGCUCCACAUGAGCGGACUCAUAAAGAGGGGCGAAGAAGGGAGUGGCGUAAUAAGCACUAUCAAUCAUGGGCACUAGCUGACUCAACAUAGAGCAUCCCCCCAUAACCAUUUAGGAGGUUUUUUUAAUCUUUCUCUUUUUCUUUUUACAAUGACUGCCUUCCUACAUUGUUUUAAGCAGAAGAACUGAAUGAUAUGGCCCCAAACUGGCCACCUAGUUUUGGCUUAUUCACAGUAUAACUUACAUCAUGACAAUAACAUAAAAUGGUCACAAACUGUGGUCCUAACGGCCCUUAGCGUUGUACUUUACUGACAGCACAACUUCAUUUGCUUUCAGGUAGGAAAUACCCAAUCUCCUCAACUCAGUAUGUCAGAUUAUUGUACUUUCACUACACCUUGUUCCACUGCAAGGCAAUAUGCAUUUAUUACAGGUGGGCUGAUGUCCCAUUAUAAAACCCACUGAUUCAUAAAAUCCACAUACAUGCUGUUGUAUGAGUAAUUAGUUAGAAAGGAGAGGGUUUCUGAAGAGCACAGGGGUAUCAGUUUAUCCAUUGUGUUGCUUUUAGAGUGCUGCACUACAACUACUCCGGCAUUAUUUUCUUGAACCCCCAGAUUGUCGAGUGUGGCACACGUGCAGUUUGGCUGCUCUUACAAAUACACAACCUUCAGUGUGUGAGUCAGAUUUUACUGUGCCUGACUCUAGUCUGCUUUGAAGACGUCAUUUUUGGAAGAUAGGCCUGUUUUGUUUCUUGCUGAGUUAGGUGAGAAGAUCAGUACCACAUCUGUGGUAAAUAAAAAGCUAGAGCCAGCUAGCUGCUUAGCUUAGCACAAAGACUGGAAUUAGCUAUCCUGGCUCUGUCCACACGUAACAAAACCUGCCUACCAGCACCUAUAAAGCUCACUGAUUAACAUGUUGUAUCUUGUUGCCUGGCAACCAGCAGUGACCAGCACUCUGGUUUUUCAUCGUUUAAAGCAGCUUUCAUUUUGUGUUGAUUCUGGCAGCUCCUGUGGACAAAAGAGGUUGUGAUUUUGAGAGGAAUCCAACACAAUCCGACCCAGUGGCAGGCGUUACAGCACUGAGAAUUAUAUAGGCAUAGCCAGUCUUGCUGCUAACGCUCGUUUGUUGAUAUAGGUCAUAUAGAGGCGUCAGUAUUAAAUUGAAACUCUUUCAUAACCAACUCUUUGUAGUAUUUUUAAAUAAUGUGGAAUGUGUUAAAGAGUGAGCUCAGGCUCUCUGUUCUCCCGAUUCCAGUCUUUAUUCUAAGUUAGCUAACCAUCUGCUGGCUUUAGCUUGAUAUUAAGGGUACAGACAGACAAUCUUCUUACUCUGCAACAAAGCAAAUAAGCGUGGUUCUUCCUGGGAUCAGAGUCUCUAAUUGACCACUGCCUUUUUAAAAAGUCUCCUUUCUGUAAGCUGGAGAUGGAUGAAAACAUAUUAGUUUCAUUGCAGCAAAAUAAGUGUAAGAGAGAGAAAGGGACUGUUUUGUAAUGCAAUGAGAGGCCAUUUUUAAGGACUUCACAAUAUCGGCCAAGCAGUCUGAAAAUCUGGUAAUUCUCCUGGUUAAACUUGAAUUUAGAAAAUUUAAUUUUUAAGUUCAAGUAGAGGCCACGAGAAGAAAAUCCCUAAAAAUGAUGCUCUUAACUAGUUUUCAUCUCUUGCUGGAAUUCAGUCCACAGAAAUAUGGGAGACCGUUCAUAAUAUGGUGCGUACAGGGCGAUAAGCCACUGCAGGGUAAACUGAACCCUCCCAUGUUGUACCAUAAGCGAUGUAGGUGAAACCAAAUCGUUGUGGGUUGUACAUUACUACUGAGAGUACAGGCCGGAAAAAAAUGGAACAACAUUUCUAUUUCUAGCAUGAAUGCACAAAUAAAUUGCUCUGCCUGUACAGUCUCAAACCUGUGACGCUGACAGUGUUGUGAUGGAAUCUGCUGUACUGUACAAAUGUUUUUAAACAGACUUUUUACCUUUUUUUUUUUUUUUUAAUCACGAGCACUUAAGAGGGCAAAGCUGUGACCUUUGGAAUGUGGAGGUACUCGAGGCUCAGGACAUCAGUCUUUGGGAAACUGCUGUGGAUUUGCACAAGUUGUCCAGAAGCGCAGAUGAGGACUACUGACUGAGAAGGGAAAAGCAUUCAUUUCCAGGCUGUUUUUGGCCUAACCGCGAAAAACAGCACCCCUCCGGCUGACUCUGGAAUAUGUUUCAUUAUCCUAAUGCACUAUGCUGUGUUCAAAGUGGACUACCCAUCAAUGUGUGAUAAUAGCAAUGCUCAGUGUAGAAAUAAAGACAAAGACAGUUCUGUUUCACAUGAGUCAAGAUCCAUUUAAUAAAAUCCAAUCCAAUGCAUACAUGCAUUAGCUGAGA